AUGAACAUGUCAAACGCGAGUGACAUUCAGGCUGCGUGCCUGUCUGUCUACCUGCCAGAGUGCCCCAGCCAGUACUGGGGUCCCGAGUGCAAGCGCCAGUGCCUGUGCCACCCGCACGGAACCUGCGACGCCCUCACGGGCGCCUGCACCUGCGCACCGGCUCGCUGGGGGGAGCGCUGCCAGGAGGCCUGUGCCUGCAACUUCGGAGUCUGCGACGCGGCUACAGGCGCCUGCAGCUGUCACCAAGGCUGGUGGGGUGCCACGUGUGGUGCCACGUGUCGGUGUGGUUCCGGGGCCGUGCUGUGUGAACAGGCGACGGGGCGCUGUGUGUGCGGUGCCGGCUGGUGGGGACCCAACUGCAACGCUCGCUGCCACUGUGGGGGGAGCUCCCCCUGCAACCCGGCAACCGGCCGCUGCGUUUGCCGUGAGGGUCUCUGGGGAGCGCGCUGCGAGCACCGCUGUGCCUGCCGCCCCUCCGCCACGGAGCGGUGCGUCACGCUCAGCGGCUCCUGCGUGUGCCGCCCGGGACACCGGGGACGCUACUGCGCCGAGGCAUGCCCCGCCGGACUCUACGGAUACCAGUGUGCCUACAGGUGCGGGCGCUGCAAGCGUGCGGCCCCGUGCGACCCUCAGCGGGGCAUGUGUGAGGCGUGUGCGUCUGGCUGGCGGGGCGAGCGCUGUGGGGAGCGCUGCGCCGCCGGGUGGUUUGGCGAGGGCUGUGCCCACCCCUGUCCCGUGUGCCACCCCGACACCGCCUGCCACCCUGAGGACGGCACCUGCCCACACUGCCCACCCGGAUACACGGGGCCCAGGUGUGACUCUCCGUGUCCGCUGGGCUGGUUUGGUGCGCGCUGCUCGCUGCUCUGCCCCGACUGCUCCAACGGCUCCUGCGACUCGGAGAGUGGAGAGUGUCGCUGUCCCCCUGGGCUCAGCGGGGCCAGCUGUAACGAGUCGUGUGCUCUGGGGUGGUUUGGCGCUGGCUGCAUCAACCGCUGUGAGUGCCGCUCUGGGUCGUGCGACGCCGCUACGGGGGCCUGCCUCCUGUACUCACGCAGCCGCUUUGGGCUGCUGGGGGUAGCGGCGCUGCUGCUGCUGCUGCUCCUGCUGGCGGGCAGCGCCUGCCUGUGCGUGGGCAGCGGGCACAGGCACCAGCGCACCGCGCCGCGCGUGUCUGAGCGCGGAGUGCAGCGAGUCCAGCGCCGGGUGAGGGGCACUCUGAGUCAGAUCGGCUCCAAACUUCCCCGGCUGGGACUCAACAACCAGAAGCUACCCAAAGUCACCGUGAACACACACGAGGUGGACAACACGUACCACUGCAGCUUUGUGGAGCAGCCGUCACCCUCAUGGACCUCGGUGGACUCCUUCUCAUCCUUCGACACGGUGGAGGACGGCCCCGUCUACUGCAUCCCCGAAGGGAGCGCGCGAGGCUCAGAGAUGGCAGAAAUCCCGGAACUGGAGCCGGAGCUGGAUCCGGACUCUGACUCGGACUCCGCAGGGCCUGCGGUGGGCACCCCGCCCCGCCCGUCCACCGAGCUACCCACAACCACCACCGCCACCACCACCGGUAGCUCACCAGUAACAACGAUCGCCACGACAACAACAACAACAACAGCAGCAGCAACCGCGGACUACUCGAUGCUAUCGGAGGCGCACACGAAGGUGCCAGCCGUGUAUGCCCACGUGCACCCGCCCGGCACUACCGGUACCACCACCGCUACCACCACCGGCACUACCGCUCCCACCGCUACCACCGCUACCACCCCGCCCUCGGCGCGGCGCGGCAGGACGGGGGGGCGUGCCGGGCGCGCCUCCUCCCGGCACCGCGAGCUGCCGACGCCGCCGCCGCCGCCGUCGCCGCCGGCAACCCCGGCAACUCCACCACCACCGCAGCCGCCGGACCCCACCACCAAGCCCAAGCUGUCGUGGUUGCACGGCGGCGGCGCUGUCUAUGACGUGCCUCUGCCGGGCGGCGGCGUUGGUGGUGACGGUGGUGAAGUAAAAACCAGCAUGGACUACCUGGACCAGACUACAAUGUCUGGACUACCGGAUUUAAAUACCGGAGCUGGACUUCGGAACUUAAGGUCCGGCAUGGACUACCUGGACCGGACUACCAUUGGGCUACAGACUGGACCUCUGGGCUGGACUUCAGGACGUAACAACCGGCAUGGACUACCUGGACCGGACUACAAUGUCUGGACUGCCGGACUGAAAUCCCGGGCUGGACUAUGGAACUUAACAACCGGCAUGGACUACCUGGACUGGAUUACAAUGUCUGGACUGCCGGACUGA